AUGGAUUCACGAGACUACGCAUUCAAAGCAUUUGGUGAUGGAGAUCACAUCUACGCCACAGCCCAUUGGGCCAACACGCAAACCGAUAGACCACUCGGCAUAGCCCUUGCCUUCCAUGGCGGUGGUUUCGUCGUUGGUUCUAGGAACAUGUUACCCAUGGUGCAGAUAGAAUAUUUGGCCAACGCCGGAUUCGUUGUCGUUUCGGCUGACUAUCGGCUAUGCCCCCAGGUCUCGCUGUAUGAGGGACCUAUCCAAGAUGCGAAGGAUGUCUAUGCGUGGUGCAAAGAUUCCCUUCCCGGGCUGCUGAAAAAGGACGCGGGCCUUAUUGUGGAUCCUUCUCGUACUGUCGUCUUCGGCCAUUCAGCCGGUGGUUGUUUGGCUUUACAUACGGGUGCUCUUCAAGAUCCCCCACGUGCGAUUCUCGAUUUUUAUGGUGUCAAAUGCACAACAGAUCCUUUCUGGGUUUCGCCUCUGCCAGCUCUUGCAAUGAUCCCGUCACUUGACGAGGCAUUCAUCAACCAGGUUUACAAGGAGCCAGUCUCCUCAAACACGAUGCUUUCCCUUGAACGUGCCACGAAGGCUAGUGAUCAGCCAAAAACGAAAGGUCUACCUCGUCCUGACCUUUCUGUACCGAGAAAUGCAUGGCUUUUUGUUACUUUGAAGGACGGCACACAGUUCCCGGCCAUCGUUCAAGAUGGAGAUUACAAGCGUGUUGACCCCGUCAACUCCUUUUCGGAGAAGUUCCCGCCCACAUUUUUCAUCCACGGCAAUGCGGAUGGCAUGGUUAUCCCCAAGUUUAGCAUCGAAGCUAAUGAGAAGCUUCAAAAACUCGGCGUGGAGACUAAAAUUUUGUUACCUGAGGGAAAGUCUCACGGCUUUGAUGUUGGAGUCGAGCUCGAUGAACCAGAUUUCGUUCCAAUUCGUGCUGGUCUUGAUUUCUUGAUCGAGCACGCAAAGCUUUAG